AAAAUCUUUUAGGGGGUGGUCUGGAAAGGAGUUCCCGAUUUGAGGUCUCUCUAGCUAAUACUAGUACAGAAAGCAAAUAUUAAUUAGAUAAUCUCUACUUAAGGAACUUCACAACCGAUCUAGCUAGCUAAUAUUGUAGAAUAUGUCCUGGAUGUCAGAGUUACGAUAUUCGUCUUAAUUUUGUCUCGCCGUUAAGGCAAAACAAAGACAUUUGCAUUACAGUUUGAAAAAAACAUUAUUAUAAAUCUCUCUUAAAAUUUGUUUGUCGACUAUUAAGUUUUUAAUAGUUGCUUUUUUGUAUGCGAAAAAUAUCUGACUGGUAACAGGUACAACCAACUGUAUAAAGAGGAAUAUACUCGGACAAUAUUGACACUGCUGAAAAUAAGAAGAAAGUUCGCCAUUGCAAAGUCCUCCAAUCAAGGUUAAACCAACAACUAGAUUUUCAUAGGGAAAGCACAAUUUCUUUGAUUUAGUGGCAGUGGGUAAGUUCUUGAACCCUGGGAUUUGUCGUGUAACUGAAAAGUAAGGGUAUCAAAAUGGACACCAUUGACACCCUUCAGAGCUCCUCCCUGGAGAGCAAGGCUGAGCGAAUAGCCCAGUACAAGGCAGAGAGGAGGAGGGAGCUGGCAGAGCGGUAUGGCAGUACAAAGGAAGUCACCUCCAGAUAUGCUCGUUGGGACAAGAAACCUGGUGAUUCUUCAGAGACUGUAUCUUCAGUGAACAAGGCGAAGUUGGAGGAUACUGGGUCUGCAGAGGUUUGUUUAAGGAAAGGUAUCAGAAGCACAGGGGAAGAGGAGCAGGAUGAUACUGAUUCGCUCAGAGAUAUAAGGGGCGAUGAAGACACUCAAGUGGAUGGAAGUGCAAAAUGUAAAUUAGAAACUUCUACCACCAAGCUCUCUUCCCAUCACAGUCUCUUGGAUGCCACAGACAGAGACAAGCCAAUGGUUGUUGGAAAAAUUCAAGACCCAACCACGAUAAACAUAGCUGGCAAGAUGUCUCUGUUUAAGGGACAACAUGAGAACAAGGAGGCUUCUCCUCAAACAGAGGACAGCAGUCACCACAGCAACAACAUCCUAGCGCACACUCAGCCAAUCACCAUCGACGAGAUGGUGGUGACCAGCCAUUCAAAGACAGAACAACAGUCUGACCAACAUUCAGGGAUAGAGGGACAGGACUCCGGAGACAGGAGCAUGUUUGAGGAUCAGUGUGUCCACACACACCUGUUUACUAUGGACGCGGAGGAGAAGCCUGCUUUGCAGCAGCAAGACUCUGGAGUGCAGGGGAUGAAGGGCAUCCUGAAGAGAAGCUCCACCAGUGGAGAGUCUGACUACAGCCAAGGGCCCGCAGACACAAGGGUGGCCAGACAAACAAGCAUCACCCUAAGUCACCCUGAGAGUGAGGAGGAUGAGGAAGAGAAAGAGGAUGAAGACGAGGAAGAUGGAGGUGGGUUGAGUGCCUGUUGUCUGCAGAGGGGGAGUAGUAUUAGUAGUGGCAGUUUGGGGGAGGAACUGCAGACCCCUUCUUCCGAUGAGAGCCUGGAAGAGAGCCACUUGUUGGAGAGGACUCUCUCAUUGUCUGAGGACGGAGAGGGACUGGAUAUUAACCUGGAUGGGAGCGUUGGGUCUUCACUGAAAGAGAGACUGGCAGAUUUUACCACCGAAGUUGGAGAGGAGGACUUCAGGAGCAAACUGAAGAAGACCAGAGCCACCGAACUGGUCCAAACCCCUCUGUCUGACCGCUUUAACCAGCUCCAUGAGGCUGAAAAUGCAUGGAGGAAGAAGAAAUCCAGUGCGGACAUGGAGACCAAGAUGACCCUGGCAGAUAGGAUGAAGAUUCUACAGGAGAAAGAGGAGGCAUGGAAGAGCAGGGGGAAGGGUGCUGCGAAUGAUUCCUCCCAGUUCACUGUGGCUGGACGCAUGGCAAAGAGAGGCCUUGUAUCCGAGACAUGCAAAGAAGAGUCUCCUUCGAUCCACCUCAAGAAGUCCUCUGCUACACCUGUUAAACUGUAUGAAGAGAUCUCCCAUCGUAGUGAUUUAAAGAUGGAAGGAGACAAGAGGCUGGAUAAGUUGGAGUCCUUCUUAGACAAGCUCCAAAAAAAAGGUGUGGGACACAGCCACAUAUCCACCAUUGAAGUGAUGGCCGAGACAGAGAAAGAGGUUAUGACCUUGGAUGAUGAGGAGACCUUUGGUCGCUUCUACAAAUCUGUGUCACCUUCUGCACUCAACUCUUGCAUCGUCAUGGUAACUGAUGAGGACCUUGGUGACAUUCAAGCCAACACACCAAAGUUGACAUCGGCAGUAACAGAACACAAGCGUGCUGUGCGUCCCGCCAGGAAGAACCAGGGCUCCAGGAACCCUCUGCGUGCUCUGGCGGCUCGCAAUGACAUCCGACAAGUGUACAGGGAACAGAGACUCAACGUUGCUACCGUGGAAACCAAGAGGAUCCAAGUAGAGAAAAUGGCAAAGCACUCCAAUCUAGCAGAUGCUGCUCUGGCAGGGCUGGCCAGCAAGGAGAAUUUCCGCAAGGUCAACCUUCGUAGCGUCAAAUCUACCGAGGUGGUGACCAACAACAGCACUUUGCCCUUCAACAAACUCAUGCUCAUCUGCAUUAAAGGUCGGAGACAUGUACAAGUGCGUCUGGUUGAGCCUACAGCUCGUUCUCUGAACAGUGGAGACUGUUUUCUCCUUGUGACGCCCAAGCACUGCUUCUUAUGGAGUGGAGAGUUUGCGAACGUCAUUGAGAAAGCCAAGGCAUCAGAGAUGGCCUCAUUUGUCCAGGCCAAGAGGGACCUGGGCUGUAAGGCCCCCCAUGUCACUGUGCUGGAGGAAGGCAUCAACUCUGACAACAAAUGUGCCAGAGAGUUCUGGAGCUUAUUGGGGGGGAAGACUACAUACAGAGGUGCUGGGGAGCCAGAGGAAGAUGAGCUGUAUGAAAGUGGUGUCCUUGACUCCACUGGGGUUUACAAACUACAGGAGGACAAACUGGUUCCACAUGAAGAGGCCUGGGCCUCUGUUCCCAGUGUUUCCCUGCUCAACUCUAAAGAGGUGUUGGUGUUUGACUUUGGAAGCGAGGUGUAUGUGUGGCAUGGGAAAGACGUCUCCCUAGGGGACAGGAAGGUGGCUGUCAAAUUAGCCAAGCAGCUGUACAGCGGUUCCUAUGACUACAGCAGCUGCAGGGUCAAUCCCCUGGAUGCCUCCUCAGACAACACAUGUGCCCCUCAGCAGGGUGAGGGCCGUCCAUCCUGGGCUCUGCUGGGCAGAUUCUCAGAGCACAACGAGACGGCUCUGUUCAGAGAGAAGUUCUCAGACUGGGCAGACAGGAAGAAGGAGGAGGCAGCCAUGGAGGAGGUUAAGAGUCCAGUCCAUUCCACCCCUCGCACAACACUGGAGUUAGAACUGAAACCCUGCGAUGUGAAGGCCCUGCUGGGGGGGGUGGCAGGCCCCUUGACCAUGUCGUUGGAGGGUGUCGACGUGCAGCGAGGGUAUGGGCUGAUAACAACAGAGGAAGGGCGCCAGGCAGAACUAGCCACCGUGGUGGUGGAUGCAUGGCACAUUCGGGAGUUUGAGGAGGAGGAACUUGCACAAGAGAGUCUGGGACAGCUGCAUGAGGGUGACACCUAUGUCAUCCGCUGGAAGUACUCUGUCACAACCAUGGUGGGGAAGAGGCAGAGGCCUGGGGAGCUGAGUAGUGGGGGUGCAGGGAGGGAGCGCAGCUCCUGCUUCUUCUGGCAGGGACGCCACUCCAGUGUCAGCAGCAAGGGAACCUCAGCUCUGAUGACUGUAGAGCUGGGCAGCCACCGGGGGGCACAGGUGUUGGUGGUUCAGGGGAAGGAGCCUCCAUGCUUCUUGCAGCUCUUCCAGGGAGGUCUGGUCAUCCACAAGGGGAGCAGGGAAGACAAGACUAACAACAUAGCUGCCUGGCGAGUGUUCAGUGUGCGUGGCGAGAUGGUGGCAGAGGCCUGUCUGGUGGAGGUGGCCUGCUGCUGCUCCAGCCUGCGUUCCAGGGGCAGCCUAGUGCUGCUCAAUGCCCAGGAGGACCAGCUGUACCUGUGGCACGGCUGCAAGGCCCACACCCGAGCCAGAGAGGUGGGCCUCAAGGCUGUGGACAGACUGACUAAGGGGUGUUCCCAUGAACUUGGACUCAGCAGCAACAGCAAUGUAAAGGUUGAGGAGAUAUUGGAAGGAGAAGAACCUGCAGAGUUUUGGAAAGCCUUGGGCCAGCAGGACAGGAAGGCCUAUGACUGCAUGCUGCAAGAUCCUGGCAAGUACAACUACACACCACGGCUGUUCUGUCUAAGUGCCAGCUCAGGAGUAUUUGAGGGGGAAGAGCAGCUCAGCUCUGUCCGUGUGACCGAGUCCGUCAUGGCUUUUCCCUUUCUUCAGGAGAACCUCUACUCUGCACAGCAACCUGCCAUCUUCCUUUUGGACAACCACAUGGAAGUGUACAUGUGGCAGGGUCAGCAACCUGACGACACGGCAUGUACUGGCUCCGCAAAGAUCCGCUGGGACAACCAGAGGAAGUGUGCCAUGGAGACUGUACUGCAGUACUGCAAAGAAAAGAACAAACGGCGCCCUCCUCAGGCGUAUGCCAUCUUAGCAGGCUCUGAGCCACUUACCUUCACCAACAUCUUCCCCUACUGGGAGCGGGACAUCACCGCCCAGGGGGAAACUGCAACAAGGAACAAGGUGACCCUGGUGCAAGAUGUGCUGUCGAGGCUAAAUAAGGAUGAGUAUUCCGUAGAAGAGCUAACCUCCAAGCCCUUGCCUGAGGGAGUGGACCCCCUGCACCUGGAGAUCUACCUCUCAGACCAGGACUUCAAGGACCUUUUGGAAAUGAGUCGUGUCGAAUUCUCUGCCCUGCCAAACUGGAAACAGAAGAACCUGAAGAAGAGCAAGGGUCUGUUCUAAAAGUUAGUUAAGACAACCUUUUUAUAUUUAGUACUUUUUGUAUUAACUCCAUUUGAUCUAACUUUUUUGUUUUUUUUAAAGAGCAAUAAUAUGAUUAAGCAUUAAAGCUCACUGGUUCUUUCAUUAAAAGUGUAUAUUCAAAGAUGGACAUUUUGUAGAUUUAUGCAUUUAUUUUAACAUAAAUGCAUAAUAGCCUAUUCAGUAUGGACAGUUUUACUUGUAUUGGCCAGAUAUAGCUCAAACUAUGUAACCACUGAAUUAUAAAUAUGUAUUAUACAGUAUGUAUUAUAUGAUGAAUGUGAUCAAAUAAAAGGAAGACAUUU